AUGACGGUGCUCCUGCAUCUCUUCAUCCCGGUGACGCGCUACGGCUGGUGCGUCUGGGACUGGGUCAUUGCUGUUUUCUGGGCGGCCAUCACUGGUGUUUUCGGAACGCUCUAUCUUGAAGGGCAAUACAAAGAACAGGACGGGCUCCCGCCGGCAUCAGGCAGGAUGAAGGUGGCCAUCUGGCUCAAUCUCAUCAACAUGCUUCUGUGGAUCGCCACGGGGCUGUUGAGCACAAUUUGGUGCUGCGGGACACGCAAGAUGAGGAGGAGGAUAGAACAGGAUCAUGCGAAGCUGGAGCAGGGACAAGAGGGUGCUACGGGGGUGGAGCUGGGACGAAGGAGCACUGGUGGGCCUCCCAGUUAUCGGUCCGGUUGA